AUGGAUGCAAGUUUUAAAAUAUUUAAUGCCACAGAAAUAUGGAAACGUGAAACUAGCUUGCCUUCUAUUCCUACAUUCAGUCAAAAACUUGAUAAUAUUUUGGGAACCGAUGGUAUUCCACUAGGAUCUCUUACUGAAUUAUUAGGAUUACCUGGAACAGGUAAAACGCAAAUUUGUUUACAACUGUGUGCUGCGGUACAGAUUCCUAAAGCACUCGGUGGAUUGAAUGCUCAGGCUUUGUACAUUGAUACAAAUACCAACUUUGUGCCUAAUAGAUUCAGAGAAAUUCUAUCAGCAACAUUAUCAAAAUGUGAAAUGCUGCUUGAUGGACAAUUUAAUGUGAGUGAAGAAGAAGCAUUGAAGAAUCUACAUUACGUUGGUGCAUUUGGCUUGGAGAAGUUUUGUGCCUUUAUGUAUCAGUUACCUAAAUUCCUCACAGAAGAAAGUAACAUAAGAUUAAUAGUAAUAGAUUCGAUAGCAUUUCCAUUCAAAGAUGCUAUAACAGUGAAGCAGCGGACAGGCUUGUUGUUCAGACAGAUGGCAGAGCUGCAGAGACUUGCUGUUCAAAGACAAAUAGCGGUAGUCCUAACAAAUGAGAUGAGUACAAGGGUAGGACUGUCCAGUGGUGCAGUUGUUGGGGCAUUGGGAGAUGCUUGGGCUCAUAGAUGUAAUACUAGGGUUCUUCUCUCUGCCCCCGAUGAUCCAGCAGGUGACAGGUUGGCACUGUUACUCAAAAGUAAUAUUGCUCCGGAAGCAGUUGCCCCUUUUAAGGUAGGUACAAACAUACAUAUACAAAAAGGUUGA